GAUGGCGAGUUAUGUGUUGGGGUGGGGGGCUGGAUGCUGUGUAUUUCAGUAAAUGACAUGUUGAUACUAAUAUUGCAGUACAGUGGGACCACAGGCUCUUUAUACUCAGCGUGAUAAACCCCCUUGGACGGGAAACUUCAAAAACAUAGCCAUUGAUCCUCUGCAAAAGAUUUUAAUGAAACGCUUGUAGCUUUUAAAGUGAUCUUAUUUUGCAAGUGAUUUAUUUUGGAAGAAAAAAAAAAGUACAAGUUGAAUGGGGAUGUUGUCUUGCGUGGCUGAUAUAUUGGUCACUUCCACCACAAUCAUUUGUCAUCGAGAAGAUAAAUAAUGGCAAACUGACAAAUCUUUUAACACCGUAGGAACUGCAGCCAAAGGCACCCUCUAGGGUAAAACGAGUGAUGGAUCUGCAAACCGCAUAUAUAGUGUGUUUCAUCUUCUGUCGUCUGAUUGCUGCAGCGACUCAAGGUGUGGUGUGUAAACCUGGCUGUCACCCAAAAAAUGGGUUUUGUGAAAGUCCUGGAGAAUGCAGAUGUCAUACUGGUUGGAAAGGGCAGCUUUGCAAUCAGUGUGUUCCAUUUCCUGGUUGUCUACGCGGCAGCUGCACUAAACCGUGGCAAUGUGUUUGUGAAGAAGGAUGGAUCGGCAGUCUAUGCGACAUUGAUAUUCAUCCUUGUGCGGCUAAGCCUUGCUCCACCAACUCCACUUGUAUUGAAACUGGGGAUGGAGGAUACAUUUGCCUGUGUGCUCCUGGAUAUACAGGGAGAAACUGCCUUCUCAAAAAAGGACCAUGCCUUAUAAAUGGGUCUCCCUGUCAAAAUGGUGGAACCUGCAUAGAUAACAACGGUUUUGCAUCACGUGCCUCUUGCCAGUGCCUCCCCAGCUUUCGAGGCAAUUACUGUGAAGUUGCUACAGACAACUGCAAUCCUAAUCCAUGCUUAAAUGGAGGGAAUUGCACAAAUAUUGGGUCAGGUUUUCAGUGCCACUGCCCUAUGGGGUUCAUUGGCCCUUCUUGUAGUGAUCCUGUUCCUCUCUGCAAUAGCAACCCUUGUGCGAAUGGUGGAACUUGUUAUAAUAAGCUAGAAGGAUUUCAAUGUGCAUGUCCUCCUGGGUAUGUAGGAUAUACAUGUGCCGAUGUAAGUCAAAACUUCAAGCAAGUAGAUACACAAAGAAACAAUUUGUCUCCGUAUCACAAGUCCUUCAAACACCAGGGACAUGAAGUACUCAAGAUCACUGUUAAAGAAACCAUCCACAACAUCAACCCGCUUCUCAACAGAAGUCAAGUCAUAUGUUUCAUUGUCCUGGGCUUACUUACUUGCCUCAUAGUUCUGAUCACCACGGGGAUCAUAUUCUUCUCCCGAUGUGAAACAUGGUUUGCCAAUGCUAAAUACAGACAUUUACUACGCAGGAAAAAAGAUUUCUACAUGAAGUCAAGCAGAGACGGGGACCAUGAUGUCAAAAUAAUAUUUCCAGAAAAAGUCAAGAUUGCAAAUUCUAGCAGGGUUUACACUUUCAUUUGAACAUUUUCUAUACAGCUUUUAAAUAUGAUGUAAUUACCAGGUGGACCAUAAGACUAAACAGAAUUUGUAUUUUCACUUUGCUUACGUAUGCCACCGAAUUCCAUAGAAUGUGACGUGUGACAAGUUUCAGCUUGCAAUGUAUGACUAAGGCAGCCAAUGAUGUCACUUUUAUAAAAAUGUAUUGGCAGCACAUAGAUAAAUAUCUAUAUCUAGAUAUAGAAAACAUAUGCGCUUAUAAAAAACAUUUAGGUCAAUUAUAAAACAUCACAACCCUGAGGCUUACUUAAAAAUGGCAUCCUAUACGCCAAGCCCCUGGGUCCAGCUCUCUUUUCUAAUGAAAUGGCAUAUAGCUCUAACAAUUUCAUGGAGAA